AUAAAGAUAAAGAUAAAGAAGGGGACGACGCACCGACAGGUUCGCAACCCUAGUUUUUCGAUCUGAUCUUUCCCCUAUCUUCGCCGCCCAACUUCCCCCCAUCUCGCGCACUCCGUCGAACAUGGCGGCGCGCGGGCAGGGGCAGGUGCAAGAUUUCGACUUCUUCGUGGUGGUCGACUUCGAGGCGACGUGCGUGAAAGACGGGAGGAUCUUCCCGCAGGAAAUCAUCAAGUUCCCCGCCGUGCUCGUCGACGGCGCCACCGGCCGCAUCGAGUCGGCGUUUCGCAGGUACGUUCGUCCAAAACAUCACCCUGUGCUGACUCAAUUUUGCAGGGAACUCACCGGCAUCCGGCAGGAGGACGUCGACAGCGGCGUGGAUCUCGGCGAGGCGCUCUGGCUGCACGAGGCUUGGCUGAAGGCGGCGACGGCGGGGGCAGGGAGCUUGGCCGUCGUGACCUGGGGAGAUUGGGAUUGCCGCACCAUGCUCGAGUCAGAGUGCCGCUUCAAGGGGAUCGAGAAGCCGUCCUACUUCGAUCGCUGGAUCAACCUGAGGGUCCCCUUCCAGGCGGCGCUCGGCGGCGGAGGGCGGGUCACCCUUCAGGAGGCGGUCCGGGCGGCGGGACUGGACUGGGAGGGCCGCCUGCACUGCGGGUUGGAUGACGCGCGCAACACGGCGCGGCUUCUUGUUGAGCUCAUGUUGCGUGGGGUCAAGAUGACCAUCACGGGCUCGCUGGCGCCAUCGCCGCCGAUCCAGCAGCAGCCGCAGCAGCUUCUCACAAGCCCUUGCGGUGGCUCAUCUGCGCUGGCGCCGCCGCCGCCGAUCCAGCAGAAGCAGCAGUCGCCGCAGCUUCGCACAAGCCCUUGCGGUGGCUCAUCGGCGCUGGCGCCGCCGCUGAUCCAGCAGCAGCAGCAGCCGCCGCAGCCUCACAUGAUAAGCCCCUGCGAUGGCUUGCCUGGGACGUGCUUCUGCUACUGCAGGGUACCGACCAGAGGAGGCGUGGUGUCCGUGCCAGGGCCGAUGCAGGGGAAGUGCUUCUUCGGGUGUGGCAACUGGACGCCGGCCAUGGGACCCGUCUGCCCCUACUUACUUCGUAUGGACCAACUGAAUGAACCACCCAUGGCACCAGGUUCAGUGUAUCUCAGCUGUUAGUGUAAAUCGUGCUAACCAUCAGAAUCAGAGCUUAGCUCGGCUGAUUCUAGCCAGUCUAGAUGUGAAUUUGGUCUCUGGAACCAAACGUGGCCAAUGGGGCUACUCUUGAUGUAAUUGGUGUCUGAAUUAGUAUUAUCAAUAGAAAUUCUUUUUAGUUA